ACACCAAAAAAAGUAAACAGAUAUUGUAAGAAGUAAGUAAGAAGCAAAUUAAAGAAAAUGAGCCAAAUUAGGAAAUGUCCUGAAAUUUCUAAAAAUAGUAUAUAUUAUUCAGUUAUGUUGUUUUUAAGCCUUAGUAUUAGUAUUAGUGUCUCAAAAGCUGAACUUCAACGUGGGUAUUAUAUGCAGUCAUGCCCCAUGGCUGAAUUUAUAAUCAAAGAUGAGGUUCAACGAGCAUAUUAUAGCAAUAGGGGAUAUGCUGCUGGCCUUGUAAGGUUGCACUUUCAUGAUUGUUUUGUCCGAGGAUGUGAUGCGUCAGUGCUGCUAGAAUCAACUCCAGGAAACAAAGCUGAGAAAGAUGACCCGGCUAAUAAUCCGAGCCUACGAGGAUUUGAGGUCAUUGAUAAUGCAAAGGCUCGACUUGAAGAUAUAUGCCCCGGAGUUGUGUCAUGUGCUGAUAUAAUAGCUUACGCUGCUAGAGACAGUGUGGAACUGAGUGGAGGAUAUGGUUAUGAUGUUCCUGGUGGAAGAAGAGAUGGAAGGAUAUCCCUAGCUUCAGACAUAAUCAAGAACUUGCCUCCAGCAUUUGGUGAUGCCCAACUCAUGACUAAAAUAUUUGCUGCCAAAAAAUUGACACAAGAUCAAAUGGUUAUCCUAUCAGGGGCUCAUACAAUAGGCCGCGCACACUGUAAUUCAUUCAGUAACAGCCGGCUAUACAAUUUCAGCAUAUCAACAGCACAAGACCCCAGUAUGAACUCUGUGUAUGCAGCUCAAUUGAAGCAGCAAUGUCCAUCAGGAAAUGAUGGGGCUAACAUUAUUGUUCCGAUGGAUCCAGUUAGCCCAUUUGUUUCUGAUACUGCAUACUACAAUAACAUACUUAAUAACCGCGGUUUGUUUACAUCUGAUCAAUCACUGUUAUCAGACCCGAGUACUGCAAAACUUGUUUACCAGUAUGCAAGAAAUCCAUCGCUUUGGGGAAGAAAGUUUGCUGAUGCUAUGGUCGCCAUGGGUCAGAUUGAGGUUCUAACCGGGAAUCAAGGGGAAAUCCGUGCAAAUUGUAGGGUAGUUAAUUAAAUGGAGUGACUAUGGAUCCGUUUUGUGCUAUGAUAUUAAUCAAGCUCUUGUAUUGUUUUCUGAAAUCAAUCCUAUUCCCUCCAUCUUUUAUUUUAGUACUUGUGUAGAAAUACUUGUACCAUUUUGAUAUACGACUAUUAUUUAUAAAUAAA